UCUCAUUUCCUGUUGAAGAAGUUCCGGAUAACAUGUGAACAUGGCACAUUGCCUGUGAUAAGGAUCUUUGGGAGGAUGGAGGAUGGAGGAAGGAGUACACUAGUGGUCUGUGGGAGGUUCCUGAUAACAUGUGAACAUGGCACAUUGCCUGUGAUAAGGAUCUUUGGGAGGAUGGAGGAUGGAGGAAGCAGUACACUAGUGGUCUGUGUGAGGUUCCUGAUAACAUGUGAACAUGGCACAUUGCCUGUGAUAAGGAUCUUUGGGAGGAUGGAGGAUGGAGGAAGGAGUACACUAGUGGUCUGUGGGAGGUUCCUGAUAACAUGUGAACAUGGCACAUUGCCUGUGAUAAGGAUCUUUGGGAGGAUGGAGGACGGAGGAAGGAGUACACUAGUGGUCUGUGGGAGGUUCCUGAUAACAUGUGAACAUGGCACAUUGCCUGUGAUAAGGAUCUUUGGGAGGAUGGAGGACGGAGGAAGGAGUACACUAGUGGUCUGUGGGAGGUUCCUGAUAACAUGUGAACAUGGCACAUUGCCUGUGAUAAGGAUCUUUGGGAGGAUGGAGGAUGGAGGAAGGAGUACACUAGUGGUCUGUGGGAGGUUCCUGAUAACAUGUGAACAUGGCACAUUGCCUGUGAUAAGGAUCUUUGGGAGGAUGGAGGACGGAGGAAGGAGUACACUAGUGGUCUGUGGGAGGUUCCUGAUAACAUGUGAACAUGGCACAUUGCCUGUGAUAAGGAUCUUUGGGAGGAUGAAGGACGGAGGAAGGAGUACACUAGUGGUCUGUGGGAGGUUCCUGAUAACAUGUGAACAUGGCACAUUGCCUGUGAUAAGGAUCUUUGGGAGGAUGGAGGACGGAGGAAGCAGUACACUAGUGGUCUGUGGGAGGUUCCUGAUAACAUGUGAACAUGGCACAUUGCCUGUGAUAAGGAUCUUUGGGAGGAUGGAGGACGGAGGAAGGAGUACACUAGUGGUCUGUGGGAGGUUCCUGAUAACAUGUGAACAUGGCACAUUGCCUGUGAUAAGGAUCUUUGGGAGGAUGGAGGACGGAGGAAGGAGUACACUAGUGGUCUGUGGGAGGUUCCUGAUAACAUGUGAACAUGGCACAUUGCCUGUGAUAACGAUCUUUGGGAGGAUGGAGGACGGAGGAAGCAGUACACUAGUGGUCUGUGGGAGGUUCCUGAUAACAUGUGAACAUGGCACAUUGCCUGUGAUAAGGAUCUUUGGGAGGAUGGAGGACGGAGGAAGCAGUACACUAGUGGUCUGUGCGAGGGACCACUUCCUCUAUAGUCUUCUUUUGAUUGUGAAACAACCCUUCCGUCAGUCUUUUUAUUUCUUCAUAUUUUGGGUUUGGUAGAUAAUGAGUUGAGAGUGUAAGUUGGUCAGACAAAGUCCUAACUCCUAAACCCACCCACUAAGAGCUCCUAAUAGUUCCCUCUCCUGGGAACUGGAAGACAAGACUGGGACGAUGCACUAACUACAGUAUAUAACGCAACAGUACCUCUGUUCCAACAAUCCUUUCUUCUUGGUGUGCUCCCCUAUGCUUCUGUCUGGGAUUGGAAAAGGGUAAGUCCAUGAAACAGACGGACAGGUGUGGCCCCGCAGAGUGAAGACCAGGAGGAUGGCAUACAGUGUGGACUUCAAUCUGAGACCUAUAAUGGAGCUUGAAUUAGAGAGUCUUAGGGGUGAUGAUACGGCCCAGGACUCUAUGACGGGAACAGGUCUGGAGAGUGGCAGUCGUGAAACCCUGGAAAUGGAGGUCCUUACAACAGAAAGCAGAGAUAGGCUGGCCAGCCAGAUGAGUGAUGUCAGAGAGCGGGCAGAUGAGAGGAGUGAGGAAUCCAUACAGACCAACCUUCUGGUCAGGAAGCGCUGGUCUACCACCACCCUGAGGGUCCUGUCCUCCAUGCCCAGUCGCAGCAUCGGGCAGCAGAGUCGUCUUGAAAUCAUCUCCCAGUGCAACAUCCGUUCUACUCAGCUGCGCAGGUACCACCGCCAGACCCAAGACGUUUCCCUCUCCUCCAGACCUAGUAUCCGUGGCUAUGGGAUCGAGGCAGACUCUGAGGAUGUCUGUGAGGAAGAGACCAAGAGACAGGAGCUGGUCAACAAUCUUCAGAGUCUGUCGGCCGGUGACCGUGUGCGUAUGCUGCGUGCCACGCCCUUAGUCUGGCUGAGAAGACUAAACUGA